AGAGGCACAGCCCAGGGAGCCGAGCUGGAGGCAGUGCUGAGGCAGAGGGGAGCUGGGUGCAGUGAGUAGCUGGGGAGAGUGAGGGGGGAUCUUGCACAAGGAACCAGUGCAGGGAGACGUCUCCAGCCAAGAGGGCUUGCAGGACUUUUGUGGUUCAUCCCACAGAGCGAUGCCGGUGACCUUCGAGGAGGUGGCUGUGUAUUUCACCCAGGGGCAGGGGGCUCUGCUGGACCCCUCUCAGAGAGCCCUCUACAGGGACGUCAUGCAGCAGAACUAUGAGACGGUGACCUCGCUGGGAUUCCCCAUUCCCAAACCGGACCUGAUCGCCCGGCUGGAACGAGGGGAAGAGCCGUGGGUCUUGGAUCUCCAGAAUGCCAAGGAAAGGGAGAGCCUGAGAGGCACCUGUACAGCAGGUGAUAGGACAGUGAGUGAGAAGAAGGAGAAGAAUCAGCAGCAGGAAGGUCCUGAGAAAGUGAAAUCGCAGGAGAGGUUUUUGAGAAUUGCUGAAGGGAAUUUUUCCCAGUGCUUGGAGCAGGGAAAUGCCUGGGGAGAUAGACACAGAUCAGAGAUGCAACUGGGAAACUAUCCCAUGAAGAAACUGGAUGAAUCCAUUCCAUGUGGUGGAGGAUGCAAGGAUCCCAAGGAAGUCACAGACCAGCAGACAAGUCACAAUAAAGAGAAACCCUACAAAUGUCUUGACUGUGGGAUAAGUUUUAGCAAAAGUUCAUCCCUUAUUCAACAUGGGCGAAUCCAUACGGGAGAGAGACCCUAUAAAUGCAUAGAGUGUGGGAAAGGUUUUACUGAAAGUUCAUCCCUUACUAAACAUGAAAAAAUCCACAGAGGCGAAAGACCAUAUAAAUGCCUUGAGUGUGGGAAAAGUUUCAGUGUGAAAUCAACCCUUAAUACACAUGAGAAAACCCACACGGGAGAAAAACCCCAUAAAUGCUUGGACUGUGGGAAAACGUUUGGUCAGAACUCAUACCUUAUUGAACAUAGGAGAAUCCACACGGGAGAGAGACCAUAUAAAUGCCUUUACUGUGGGAAAACUUUUAGUCAGCGCUCACACAUUAUUAAGCAUCAGCGAAUCCACACGGGUGACAAACCGUAUAAAUGCCUCAAUUGUGGGCAAAGUUUUGUUGACAGAACGAAACUUAAUAAUCAUCUGAGAAUCCACACAGGAGAGAAACCCUAUAAAUGCUUGGACUGUGGGAAAAGCUUCAUUCAGAAGUCACAACUCAUUAUACAUCAGAGAGUGCACACAGGAGAGAGACCGUAUAAAUGCCUUGAGUGUGGGAAAAGUUUUAGUCAGAGCUCAAAGCUUAUUACACAUCAGAGAACCCACACAGGAGAGAGACCUUAUAAAUGCCUUGAGUGUGGGAAAAGUUUUAUGGAAAGUUCAUCCCUUAUUCGACAUGGGCGAAUCCACACAGGAGAAAGAGCCUAUAAAUGUCCUGAGUGUGAGAAAAAUUUUACGGAAAAUCGAUCCCUCAUUAAACAUAGGAGAAUACACACGGGAGAAAGACCCUUUACAUGCCUUGAGUGUGGGAAAGGUUUUAUUGAAAGUUCAUCACUUACUAAACAUGGAAGAAUCCACACAGGAGAAAGACCCUAUAAAUGUCUUGAAUGUGGGAAAAGUUUCAGUGUGAAAUCAGCCCUUAAUAUACAUCAGAAAACCCACACAGGAGAGAAACCCCAUAAAUGCUUGGACUGUGGGAAAACUUUCAGUCAGAUCUCAUACCUUAUUAAACAUGGGAGAACCCACACGGGAGAGAGACCGUAUAAAUGCCUGGACUGUGGGAAAACCUUCAGUCAGCGCUCAUACCUUAUUAAACAUGGGAGAAUCCACACUGGAGAAAGACCCUAUAAAUGCCUUGACUGUGAGAAAGUUUUCAAUGAGCGAUCAGCCCUUAUUAGACAUGAGAGAACUCACAUGGAAGAGAAACCCCAUAAAUGCUUGGACUGUGGGAAAAGCUUCAUUCAGACAUCACAACUUAUUAUACACCAGAGAGUGCACACAGGAGAGAGACCCUUUAAAUGCUGUGAGUGUGGGGAAAGUUUUAUUCAGAACUCAAAGCUUAUUACACAUCAGCAAAUCCACACAGGAGAGAGACCUUAUAAAUGCCUUGAGUGUGGAAAAGGUUUUAGUCAGAGUUCAACGCUUAUUACACAUCAGCGAACCCACACAGGAGAGAAACCCUAUGGAUGCCUUGAGUGUGGGAAAGGUUUUAUUGCAAGUUCAGCCCUUACUAAACAUAGGAGAACUCACACAGGAGAAAGACCCUAUAAAUGCCUUGAGUGUGGGAAAAGUUUCAGUGUGAAAUCAGCCCUUAACAUGCAUCAGAAAACCCACACAGGAGAGAAACUCCAUAUAUGCUUGGACUGUGGGAAAAGUUUUAGUCAGCGCUCAUACCUUACUAAACACAGGAGAAUCCACACGGAAGAGAGACCUUAUAAACACCUUGACUGUGGGGAAAGCUUCAGUAAGAGCUCAGAACUCACAAAACAUGAGAGCAUCCACAAGGGUGAGAGACCCUAAAAACAGCUUGACUGCAGGAAAAGCUUCAAUUUGACUUCACACAUCAGUGACCCACACAACAAUGAGACCUUGAAUCUGGGGGAAGUUUCAUUUUGUGCUCCCGGAGUAUCAGGCAUUUACAAAUCUACAUAGGGUAGAAACCUCUGAGAUGUCCUCAGUGUGGAAAAGAUGCCAAGAGGAACUAACUCCAUACUGUACAUCAGAGACUUCUCUGCACAGCAGAGAAACAGUGCCCUGAUAAAGGGGGACCAUAGUGAAAAAUCCAUUCUCUUGUUCCCACACCCAUCAGGGGCAUUUGGCUCCCAAUUAUCCAGCUGCCCAUUGCAGGAGUGAAGAUAAAGCAGCACCUGAGCAUCUGCUGGUCAGUGACCCUCUGGCUCUGCCUGGUCUCAGCAAACCCCAGGCAGAGGAGGAGAAGCCCCCAUCAGCCCCUCCCCCCUGCUGCAGCCCUGGCUGCUGAGCUGAUGGGCCACAGGUGGGGGAAGGGAGAGAGAGAAACUCCUCCAGCCGCUCCCUCUGCCUGACUGAAGUUCCCCCCCUCUCCCUUCCCCUCCCAGCCAGGAUCCCCCUGCCAUGGAGAUGAGGAGAAGGACACUUGGGCCAGGCCCCCACCUUCAUUCUAGACCCCUGUCCCCAUCCUUCAUCUUCCACCAGCCCCUGGGCUGGGCUCCCCCACUGACCUGGAGCUGUUCCCUGCAGGGGGAGUGUCCCUGGGGGCUGGUAACUCCUCCCCUCCCCAAAUCCCCCAGGGCGAUGGGCUUUGGGGGAUCAACUGUUAAGGGACCAAGGCGAUGGGUUCUGGGGAGGAAACGGGGGAUUGAAUGGCUGGGGCUGGGGGAUAUCGAAUGCUGGGGGUAUCGAGUGUUUGGGGACCCUGGGAUAAGAGGCGAGGGAGAGCACAGGGGUAGAGAGGUGCUGCCUCUCAUCACUCACCCCCUCUGCCCCUUCUCCCUGCCCCCGCUGCAUUCAGACAGCACCAUUAGCAAAGACUGAUUCUCACAGGGCCUUUUGUUGGAAGCCUGGAUUUCCCACCUCUGCUACAGCAGCAUCAGCCUCUGAGAGGGAAGCUGCGCUGCCUAGUGGAUAGAGCUCUGGCCUGGAACUCAGGAGACCUAAGCUCUGUUCCCAACUCUGCCAGCAGCUUGCGGGGUGACCUGAGACAAAUCUGUGCCUUCCAGAGAGGGAAUAAAUGGGGGGUGAUAAUAUCAGCCUCCGAGUGUCUGUUUAGGGCAGGAGAAGUGGUUGGGAUUAGCUAGUGCGUCUCCUUUGUUCCGCCUCCCCUUUUGUAGCCUAGACUGACCCAUAGUGGUUUAUUCCAACCCCUAUUAGCAAAGUGAUCGUUAGAGUCACUAAGUGCCCCCUUUGGAGUGAGAUUGUGUCAUUCCCAUAUAUUAAAUUAGUUUGACAGGUUGUAGCUCAGGUUUAUUGGGGACUUCAAAAGACAAAUAAUCACUUGCCAAAAUAGUCCUUUCUGAUUUUCUUUUCACAUUUCCCUAGGCUCUGUCAUGAGUCUUUCUUGGUCUUUGAACCGUGAAAAUGACCAGUAUCUAUCCGAGAGUCAGAGACUGAAAUGGGGAAGGAAGUGACUGCCUGAUCCCUGCAGAGAUGUGUGAUACAUUCAGGAGUGGGGAGAGUGUGGGUGGACAGGGCCUUGAAAGGGCGCUGUUUGCUUUUGCGAGCCAGAGAGCUGAGUCUGAGAACUGUGAACUCACUGCACAUGUCCCAGAGAGAGAGAGGAAAUGUCUUACAAGUGCUGGGUAAAGUCGUCCUUGAACUCUAAAGGGCUAUCAAUGAUGCUCCAAAAGGAUUGAUGUUGAGAGGAGUCGGCGUCUCCCCAUUGCUGAGAGGAGGAGGCCGGGCAAAUGCCUCUCAUGGAUUGUUAGCGCUUUUCUACCAGCUUUAACUUGUUCCUCUUUCCCUGGGGCGCGUGUGUGGCUGGAGCACCAGUAUGCUGAGCUGGGGCUGAAAUGCACCGUGCCGAGCUGGGCGUUGGAUUGGGGCGGGGGGGGGGGCAGGAUUUAGCUUUUAUUUCUUGCUUUGAAAAGAAUAAAGUAGAAUUUAGUUUCUCAAA